AACAAGAGGAUGAAGUACAACUGUUUACUCUGUAUUCCUUACAGAGGAACAAUUUUUCUUCCAACCCUCCUCCUUUUGCUGUUUGUAAUGAAUUUUCCUUCCGUUAUAUGUACUUAUGUAGGGAGCAGAUGCGACAAUUCCUCUACUUUCACUAAUGGCAGCACCUAUUCCACAAACUUAAACCUAGUUAUCAACGAUCUGUUUCUUAAUGCACCAAAAAGCUCAGGGUUUAACAUUUCUUCUCGUGGCCAAUCUCCCAAUAAAAUAUAUGGUCUGCUUCAGUGUACUGGGAAUAUAUCAGCAGAGAGAUGCUCAAAAUGUGCAGUGGAAGCAAAUAACAGCAAUCACGACCUUUGCCCCAACGACAUAGGUGGGAAAAUAUGGUUGGAUGACUGUUUCAUGCGCUAUCACAACUCUAAUUUCAUUUCAAGCCUUGAUACUACUGGAUUUAAGUUGCUGAACACGAUGGAUAUUAGUUCAAAUAGAGAUGAUUUCAAGAACAUAACCACUGGGCUUCUGUCGAAUCUGUCUGACAAAGCUUACAUCCCAGCAAAUAAGGGAUAUGCUGUUGGAUCAGCCAAUUAUAGUGCUACUGGAAUAGUAUAUGGUUUAGUUCAAUGUUGGAGAGAUAUAUCAAUACAAGAUUGCAGACCAUGCUUGGUUAAAGCAAGAGUAAAUCUGAGCGAUUGCUGUUCGACAAAACAAGGAGCCCAGUUUCUGAGCGGGAGCUGUAAGGUAAGAUAUGAGAUUUACCACUUUUUUGACUCUGCACAGUCACCCUCUCCCUCCCCUGAGGGGUUCAUACCUCCACCUCUUUCCACACCAGAAAAAAAGUCUUCAAAAACAUUACCUAUCAUUUUGGGGCUUGUGGGAGGCAUCAUUCUAGUUCUAUUUAUUUGUCUGAUCAUAUUCAGAAAAAGAGUUAAAUCUCUGUGUUUUAAGGAACCAAUAACUAUUGCUACUCCUAACCAAGCUACAGAGAUGCAUGGGGUAUCCCCUGAAUCUGAGUUAAUGCAAGAACAUAAUUUGGUCUUCAGCUUAGAAGCUCUAGUAGAAGCCACACAAAAUUUUCAUGGCAGCAAUAAGCUUGGGGAGGGUGGCUUUGGUGCGGUAUACAAGGGGACCACUAGAGAUGGAAAUGAGAUAGCAGUGAAGAAGCUUUCUGCCAAAUCUAAACAAGGGAAGAAAGAAUUUAUGAAUGAAGUAAAAUUGGUGGCUAAUGUUCAGCACCGAAACCUUGCAAGGCUGCUCGGCUGUUGUGUAGAGGGAGAUCAAAGGUUGCUUGUUUAUGAUUAUUUUGUUAACAGGAGCUUAGACACAUUUAUAUUUGAUGUAGAGAAGCGCAAAGAGUUAGACUGGCAAAAACUUUAUAAUAUCAUCACUGGAAUUGCUCGUGGGCUUCUCUAUCUUCACCAGGAGCCACAAUUGAGAAUCAUUCAUAGAGAUAUUAAGGCAAACAAUAUUUUGCUUGACCACAAACUCAUUCCAAAGAUAGGUGACUUUGGCUUAGCCAAACUUUUUCCUGAAGACAAGACACACAUCCAUACAAGAGUUGCAGGCACAUACGGUUACAUGCCUCCAGAGUAUGCAAUGAGAGGGCAGCUGUCUGUUAAAGUAGACGUCUAUAGUUUUGGAGUAGUGCUGCUCGAGAUCGUGAGUGGAAGGAAAAACAAUGAUAUUGAUCUUCCAUACGAUAUGCAACACCUUGUAGAAUGGGCAUGGAAACUGUUCCAGGGAGGAAAUACGCUGAAUAUGGUGGAUUCAGAGGCAUCGGGGGUCAGUGAGGAGCAGGCUUUAAGAUGCAUUCAUGUUGGGCUUCUAUGUGUACAAGCAAAUGCAACACUUCGUCCAGUUAUGUCUGAUGUUAUUACGAUGAUCUCUAGCAGUUCAGUGACAUUGCCAAAUCCUUCAAAGCCUGCUUUUGUAAGUACAGGUGAGAGCCAUUCUUCAAAAUCAGAACCAAAGUCAAUGUCAAGUUGGGGGAUUGAGGAGCAUAAAAUCGUAACAACAUCACAGAUUUCAGCUCCAACUACGUCAUCUUCUUCAGGUAUUCGUUCAGUAAAUGAAGCUUCGAUUACCGAAGUAGAGGCUAGGUAAAAUUAUCAAGUCACCGCUUUUAACAACCGUAAAUCUGAUUUCCAUACUGGUCUUGGUAUGUAUGCAAUUUAUGUAAAUGCUUCCUCAAAUUUCAAUGAGGGGCCAACUGUCUUAGUAGGGCCGAACUCAUUUCUUGUAAAGCUGAUUUUGAUGGUAUUUGGACAGCUUCUACAAUUUCAAGUGGUAUUUUAUAGUUUCAAA